CCGGGAUCACAGCCUGAGCCGAAGGCAGACAUUUAACCGACUGAGCCCCCUGGGUGCCCCAGGAGUCCUCUCUCGGAUGCCUCUUUGGGUUGUGCUUGCUCUUCACCCUCAGCUCAGUUGACACUGGAAGCUUGAAUGUGCACCUUUCAUCCAAGGGCUCCUUUCUGACCGGUCGUGGGGUGAGUCCGCUCCAGCCUCCGAGGGGACAGCUGAAGUCUGCCUUUGCUUUGCAGCUUGCUCAAGGGCGCGCCGAAGGUGCCCGCCACACCUGUGAAGGCCAAGAGCAUCAGCACCUUCCCGGAGUUUGGGAGCAACACCAGCGACGCCUGGGAUGCCGGCGAGGACGAUGACGGGCUCCUGGCCGUGGCAGGCGAGAGCCUGAACACCGAUGUGGUCAUGGAGACGGCCCACCGCGUCCUGCGCAACCACAGCCAGCGGCAGGAGCGCCGCAAGCCGCAGGAGGCGCCGGGCCCCGGGCAGGAGCCACAGCCUUCGGCAGAGCCUCCUUCGGUCCCGAGCGGUGACCUCCGGCUGGUGAAGUCCGUCAGCGAGAGCCACACAUCCUGUCCUGCAGAUAGCGCCGGCGACACUGCUCCUCUGCAGCGGUCCCAGUCUCUCCCACACUCGGUGGCGGCCGCCAUGGGUGGCACGUCUGACCCCAGCGCCCUCAGCAGCUCAGCGUUAAGUGAACGAGAGGCCUCCCGGCUCGACAAGUUCAAGCAGCUCCUUGCCGGCCCGAACACAGACCUCGGAGCAGGAUCUGUGGACUCCAGGGGUGAUGUGAGAAACCUCAGAAGCCUCCCUUGUCCGUGUUUCCCUCUUCUGUCCCGGUGCUCCGUUCCUUCCUAAGGCCUUGUCACCCGGACCAGAGCAG